AUGGCAUCUUCCCAUCAACCUAUGAGCGAUAUGUCAAUGGAUGAGCAAACGCGGCAAAAACCAGCAUCAUACGUCAUCUCACCCGACAACAGGAGCUUCAUUCGCAAUCGUCAUUUUACCGUCUACCAACCCAGGUCACAGAGAUUACCAGCGCAAGAGGGAACACAAGCACAAGAGGAACCAGAAGAAUACUUUCAAGAUGACGCAGGAAAUCCCAUUUCUCCACUUUCUCAAGCUGAGGCCCAGCAUUUCUUCGAAAGUCAAGAUGGGAGCGACAGCAGUGAGGCAAUCAUAAGCAAUUCAAACGUUCGGAGCGACAGCAAACUCCAAAGCAAGCCUUCACCAACAACAAACCCAACAAUUCAACAUGUACCACAGCAUCACUUGAUAAUCGCGAUUUCGCCUUCGUUUGAAUCAGAUAGUUCGAACUUUUCACCCAGUGAUGGCAAUGACAGUUUGCCUUCCAAGGCUCAGCAAGAAGUGCGGAGAACUCCACUGUCCAUCCUCAAGAACAGCAGCGACAACAACCGUAGAGUCGGUAUCCCCAGUGCACGAGACGAUUACCUCGUGAAACUACAGUCAGAAAUAUCGUUGUUGCACCGAGAUGUUCUAGGAAUGAAAGAGUCAAUCGACACCUUGACCACAAACUUGGAGAAACAAAAGGCUGCACGUAUUCGAAAUUACAUGGUUUCCAAGUAUGGUCGCCACAACACGGAUAGUAGCUCCUCGGCCGAUUCCAGUAGUUUGAGUGGAUUGGAAAACAUCGAUGCUUUAAUGGAUGAGUGCUUGAACUCGGUUAGUGAAGCAAGCGAACGGAGUACAUCGCAGGCUGCAGGUGUUCGAAACCACAUGGUUUCCAAGUAUGGUAGUCACAAUGCGAUUAGUGGCUCCGCGGACGAUUCCAGUAGUUUAGCUGGGCCGGAAAGCAAUGACGCUUUGAUUGAUGAGUGCUUGAACUCGUUUAGUGAAGCAAGCGUACGCAGCAGCACAGCACAUGCCCAAGAUAUGAAGUCUCUGGAUCAAAGAGUAAUGCAACAAAACGAGCGCAACCAAAGACGACAUAGACAGCGUCAAAGAGAGGACCAAAGCCAAUCACCGAGUAUUACACCGACGAAUGCCCCAAGCCGACGAGAAGAAAUAAUGUCGCCCUGGGAAUCCAUCCGAACUCCUACCUCCCUCGUUUGGGAUGGUGACCAGCAUGUCCAACGAAAUCUUUUCUGGGCCGGGCAUAUCCCGUGUGUAAAAGCGAAAUUGAGAGGUGGCAAAGACAUGACAAAAGAUGACCGACAGAAGCAGAUCUUUCUGCUCUUGGUAGUUUGCCUAGCUUCAAUAGCUGUCUUAAUGAUCAUGACUGAUGCAAAAAGCCAGACUAGCAUAGGUCAAGUCCCACACAGUCGGCGGCCGCGUCGUUCAAGUAAGUUUUCCAAGAAGCUAACGAUCGAUGAACAAUCGAACUCAUGUCACAGCUUACAAGAGACAACAAAAGAUGGCUGCACACGUCACUGCAAUACGAACAAGCCCCAAAUCGCACAGGAGCUACUCCUAUGGAAGUCGUAUCGAGAAGGAAAGCACAGCCUUGACCCGUGGAAGGCUAUUGUCCUAUCUUUACGUGAACGAAACUCCAAUCCUUCAGCAGAGAACUAUAGUCCUCUCGUCAGCGAAUUCACGUUUUGGCUGUGA